AUGGAUUCUGUUAAUACUAGAGAGGCAGCUUUGGAAUUGAAGAUGAGUGUGGAUAGGGUUGCGCUGGAAACUUCAAGAAUUUCAAGUCUUGCCUCCCUCUUUGCCAACACCAAUGUUGAUGCCAUCGACAACCCGUUGAGCUCUAGCAGUGAAAAGGAAUUUGACUUGCCCACCAUUGAGUAUUCUUUGUUGCUAUUUACUGCCAGCACGGUUACUUAUGGUAUUGCUGUGCUGGGGUCUUUUAUAGGCAUCCUGGAAGUGCCUGUCCACAAAGGACAGCAUCAGGCACUUGUAUGCACUUCUCUUAUCCAAAGCAUAUAA